UAUAUAUUAUGUUAAUGACAUAAGAGUUGAUAUGUUUGAUUAGUGGUUUGGAGACCAAGGUUCAAAUACAGAGAUACCUCAACUUAUGAUCAACCCAACUUGUGAGGGGUUUUUUUUUUUUUUUGAGAUGUGAGCCAUUGCUUAGCCUUUAUAAAAAUGGAGAUGUGAGCCAGAUCUGAAUUAUGAGUUGCAGGAUCCGGUGACGUCACACCCAGUGGUGAGAUCCCUCAUUCUGCAGAGGAGACAGAGAAGGAGGGGUGGCCUCCUUGCAUGUCCCGGUCUCCCCAACAUGACCAAGAAGGCGCCCUCUCACCUGCCGGCCUUCCUGCCCAGAUGGUGAUGUGGGGCUCCGAAGGGGACAGGGCUUGCCUCGGCUCCCUCAACCCCAGCAAGGCUCAGUACUUAGCUGAAUGGGUCUGGUGUGCCACUGCCGUACAGGCUUCCCCUGUUGAGUCUUCAACUGAAAGGAGUUAAAUGCUGAGUCACUGAGCUGCAGCCUGGCAAGCAUCAGUGACUAGGUGCUUGACCUCUUCUUCAAAAGAGAAGAAUGGGGGGCAGGGUAGCCUCCUUGCCUCUCAUCACCUACCCCAGUCUCCCCAACAUGGACAAGCCCCACUGGAUGCUGGCACGUGCCUCAGAGCCCACAGCUCAUGGGUUAGGUGCAGUAGGAUGGCAAGAAUUAGGGAAAAGCUGGUGCUGAGGCAGAGCAACCACAGCUCAUGGCUUUCAGUGGAGCAGCCAAUGGAGGAGAGCAGAACCAAGUCCUAUGGGGUCUCCUAUGUGAGGUGCCACAAGGAGGCCUCUAUAUUCGUCUCUAAGAUAUACUGGCCUGUGACAGAGCUGAAGAGGAAGGAGGGAUGCUGGUGAGUGGUGAAUUUAUGGGUCAAUAUUCCAUGGCAUUACCAAUCAAUUCUAACGCUAUCCUGGAGACAAGAAAGUAUGUUUAGAAAUGAAAUAGUAAGUCAGGAGCUAUUUAAAAGGCAGGAGAGGCUAGAAUAAUAAUAAUAAUAAUAAUAAUAAUAAUAAUAAUAAUAAUAAUAAUAAUAAUAAAACUUUAUUUACACCCUGCCACCAUCUCCCCAAGGGACUCGGGGCGGCUUACAUGAGGCCAAGCCCAACAACACAUCAAUAAAACAAGAAAGCAAUAAACAAAAACAAUACAAUUAAUAUAAAUCACAUUUAAAUAUUAACACACAAGGAUUUAAAAACCUAUGACGGGCCAAGUGUAAUAGUUUAAAAUUAAAAAUUAACGCUGGGCAUGAACAAAGUAGGAUAUAUCUGGUAGGAGGGUUUUAAAAGAAGUGAGGGGAGAGCAAUCCAACAAAUAGUUAAAGUGCAUUCUGGGGACAUUUUGCUGGGAAUUAUUUCCUUAUUCCGGGAAGGCACACUGGAACAGCCACGUUUUCAGGCUCCUCCUAAAGAGUGCCAAUGUUGGGGCAUGCCUGAUAUCCCUGGAUUAAUAGAAUAGAAUUGAUUAAUAGCAUUUCAAUGCAUAGCAACGGGAAAAUUUGCUUUGAGAUUAGAUCGAUUUGAGUUAAGAGCUCAGUCACAAAAUAAACUCAUUAGUCAAAGUAUCACUGCAUCCAAUCAGCCAUGGAACUCCUCUGAUUGAUUUUGGACAAGUCACACUCCCAGCCUCAGAGGAAGACAAAGGCAAGCCCGCCACCCCAUUAGAGAAAUCUUGUCCAGAAAGCACUAUGAUAUGUGUAUCAUAGUUAUAAUAAGUCAGAAUAAACUUGAAGGCACUUCACAACUAUAUAAUAGUCACCCACAAGCUAGUAAGGGUAGGAUAAUGCUCAGAGACCGAGUUCCCUCCACCUCGCCCAAGAUAAAUAGGUGUUGAAAAUGUUGUUUUAAAAAAAAUCCAGUCAUUUUUUUUUCCAGUUCUAGUCCAUCAGUGGCUACACUUCUCCCUAAAUCUUCUCAGUGGUCUCAAAUUCAAUUGUAUGUUUGGGGAGAAAAGUUCAAAGCUAGAAGACAGAAGGAGAAAUGGUUUGGGGUGGGAAGGGGUGCUGUUUCUCCUUCAUCUCCCUGGCUAUCCUUGUGCUAUUUUUGCACCUAGGCAUUCAAAAAUACCUUUGUCAUGCCUGUUCUGAUAUCGACAGAGGUACCUGUAAUGGCUAAGAGCUCAAAUAAAAGUGCUAUGGCUGGCUGUUUUGCAAUCCCUUUAAAAAAAAAAUGUUUGUUCUGCUGUAAUAAAUACCUUUGGUUUUCUCCAGUCUUGCUUCAUCUGUCCAUUUCUUCAUCACUGAGUCAUUGCUGGGUAAUUUAAGGAUAAGACUGUGACAAGGAAAUGGCUUCCACUGGGACUCACACUGGCAUGUAAAGAGUCAGUGAAGCAAGUAGGCAAUACUUUCUUUUUUAAAGAUCAGGAAUUAUCAGAUAAUUGGGAGUUGCUAAAUUAUACAGACAUAGAAGCUGUGAAAGAUCUUGAGAUAUGCAGCUUCAUUGUUUUUGCAUCCUUGUAUUGGGAGUAACACUGGCAACACCACUGGACCCUGAGCUAUGCAGAUGUGAUGAAAAAGUAAACACGUGCAUGGUUGUUGCUGGGAGUAAUGGAUUGCCAGGCACUCCUGGAAGUCCUGGUCUCCCAGGAAGAGAUGGCAAGGAUGGUGCACAAGGAGAAAAAGGAGACCAAGGAUUACGGGGAAUCCAGGGGCCCCCUGGAAAAGCAGGACCUCCAGGUUCUAAAGGAGAUCAGGGUGAAAGGGGUGAAAAGGGUGAAAAGGGUGAUUGGGAUGGCACAGAACUUGAAGUUCUUAGGACUCAUGUUAGUGUUUUAGAAGCAGAACUGAAAGCUCUGCAAAUGUCUACACGUAAAACUCAUAGAGCCUUUCUUGGCUAUAUUUUUCCAAACAGUACAAAUGCUGGAGCCAAAACAUUUGCAACAAAUGGAGCCGAAGCUGACUUUCAGACUGCAAAAGAGAUGUGUGAACAGUUUGGUGGCCAAAUUGCUUCUCCAAGGAACGAAGAAGAAAACAAUGCCGUAUUAAAACUUGCAACCAUGUUUGACAAACAUGCAUUUCUUGGCAUGAAUGACCAGGAGACUGAAGGAAUUUUUAAGCAUCUAAAUGGUAAUCCCAUGGAAUAUUCAAACUGGGCAAAAGGAGAACCGAAUGGGGAACAUGAAGACUGCAUUGAGAUGUAUUUGAAUGCCAAGUGGAAUGAUAAUACCUGUGAUAAGCAUCGGCUAAUAAUGUGUGAAUUUUAAUCUGACUUGUCUUUAAGAGUAUUUCUAAAUCUAAACUGGCAGGGUUCAUGGAGCUACUAAAUAAGGAAUUAUGUUUUCAGGACAUAUUUAAUUUCGUAUCCUGGCAAAGAUCCCUUCCAUAUUGAGAUCCAAGAAAGAGCAAAAUUUUAAAAUGUCACCAUGAUUGUGAAAAACUCAAAUAAUUCAACAUAUGUUGGACCAAUUCAUAUAAUUUAAUACUGCAGGCUACUUCUUCACACUAGAGAAUGAAUCCACUUUAAAUCUGGUUUCUGCCUCCUAUAGAAUUCUGGGGUUUGUAGUUUAGUGAGGUUGUUAAAGGCUCCUCCCUAAAUUACAAAAUUCAAGUGUCUUUAGUAACACACUCAUGUACAUCAGUGCUGUGUUCUGAAUAAUUGGCUAGAACAUGAAUGCUGUGACUAUAGAUUAGCUAUACUUAAGAAUAUUUUAUUGGCGAAGCUAUCUUUGGUUGACACUAAAUCAGCUUACACUAUUUUCAAUUGAUAUCACCUGAUUGCCUCUCCACAACCUAGUGAUCCUGCCUUUAUCUACCGGCAUUGCCAUUUUACGUAAUCAUCUUCAGACAAUGUCUUUUGAUAUGUUUUAGGGAUCAUGAUUUUAAUUAGAAAGAAGCUUUUGUGGGAAUUAAUUAUGACAAAUACAUUUCUCUUUUGAUACCGUUAUACUUAAAUAAUCUUACCUUUACGAACAAAAGAAUGGCCAGAUGCAAGGGUGGAGAGAGCUUUUGUACCCAUAAAAGUAAAAUUGGAAUUGCUAUAGCUGCUGCUUUUUUCUUUUUUAUUAUUAAAAGGAUGGGAACCCCAUCCUCUGUUGCAUAUGUCAAUUCUACUAAUGAAUA